AUGCAGUUGCGGGGCAUCAUUCCUCGCCGCUUAGCCAGCCCCGCUUUGACUCGCCCUCUUAUGGACUUGUUCAUUCCCUCUCUCACCAACAACCUCAUCCUCACCCCAAACAAGCACACCACCACCUUCACAGAUCCUCACCAUCAUCAUACCCACCACCACCGGCAUUUGGACCUGCUUUUUCACCAUCACUCUACCACGACCGCCCCUGCCAAACCCCGCCGCAACUCCUUCCCUCACAUCCUCAAAUCCAAGAUGACGCAAACCCUCCACAAGAAGCAAGAACCAGCCAUCACCUCGGUCACGGAACUUCCCACCUCGGAAGCCAGAUGGGUGACUCUUCAAAAGAUCGAGUACACCGACCAAACAGGCAAAGCACGCACAUGGGAGGUCGCCUCCCGCAAGACUCGCUCCGCCAAAACAGGCGUCGACGCUGUAGCGAUUGGCAACAUCUUGCUUUCUCCCAACAAGGCCCCCUCCACACUGCUAGUGAUCCAAUACCGCCCCCCACUAGACGCUUACACUGUCGAGUGGCCUGCCGGUCUUAUCGACGAGGAUGAGACAGCCGAAGAGGCGGCAGUGAGGGAGUUCAAGGAGGAGACGGGGUACGAAGUGAGCAGGGUGCUGAGUGUCAGCCCGGUGCAGGCGGCUGAUCCGGGCUUGUCGAAUGCGAAUAUGCAGAUGGCUAUGGUAGAAGUGGAGGUGCCUGAGCUGGAGGCGGGCUCGCUGCCGGAGCAGAGGUUGGAGGAUGGGGAGCACAUUGAGCGGGUGGUCGUCCCGCUGGCAGAGCUAUAUGAGAAGCUGGUGGAGUAUAGCAAGAGGGAGAGGUUUAUUGUGGCGGCUAAGUUGUUUCAUUUUGCGGCGGGCAUGGAUUUCAUGAAGACGCAAAAGUAUGGGCUUUAG